CUGGCUGAACUGCCGGAACUGGAGCGAGUCGGCGGUGCCUGAUGGAGCCUCCGGUAGCUCCUGCCGCUGCCAGCCCGGGCAGAGUCGCCCAGCUGAACGGGGCUGGCCUGGAGGCCAGCGUCCUGCCCCAGACGCAGCCCUCUUUCCUGGUGGCGGAUGCCACAGCGGCCUCCGAGCCCCCCCAGCUGCGGGAGACGUGGGGAGGGAAGUACGAGUUCCUGCUCUCCUGCUUGGGAUACUGCGUGGGCCUGGGGAACGUCUGGCGCUUCCCGUAUCUCUGCUAUCGCAACGGAGGCGGGUCUCUUCUUGCCUUUCAGAACGGGACGGGGGGCAGCAUCCGCCCAGUCAGUGCCAGCGAGGUCUUCUGGAACCAGCGGGUGCUGGGCAUGGUGCACAGCUCCGGCCUGGGGGACCCCGGUCCCGUGAGGGAGCCCCUGGCGCUGUGCCUGCUGCUGGCCUGGGCGCUCAUCUUCCUCUGCACCCUGAAGGGCAUCCGCACCUCGGGCAAGAUCGUCUACUUCACCGCCACCUUCCCCUACGUGGUCAUCGUGGUCCUGAUCAUCCGGGGAGCCACGCUGGAGGGCUCCAUCGAGGGCGUCCGGUUCUACCUCUCCGCAGACUGGAGCCGCCUGCAGAGCGCCCAGGUGUGGAGUGACGCGGCCUCGCAGAUCUUCUACUCGCUGGGCAUCGGCUUCGGGGGGCUCCUCUCCAUGGCUUCCUACAACAGGUUUGACAACAACGUCAUCAGGGACACGCUGGUGAUUGGCAUCGGGAAUUGCUGCACCAGCUUCUUCGCGGGCUUCGCCAUUUUCUCCGUCCUGGGGCACAUGGCCUGGCGCAAGAGGGUCUCGGUCGACAGGGUGGCCGACUCAGGACCCGGCCUGGCUUUCGUGGCCUACCCAGAGGCCCUGGCUCUGCUGCCCUGCUCCUCCUUCUGGUCCAUCCUCUUCUUCCUCAUGCUCCUCACCCUGGGGGUGGACACGCUGCUGGGCCUCCUCCUCAUCACCCAGGGUGGCAUCUUCUGGUUCACCCUCAUCGACGCCUACAGCACCAGCUUCGGCCUCAUCAUCGUGGCCCUCUUCAUGUGCCUUGGGGUCGCCUUCUUCUACGGGGUGAACCAGUUUUGCCAGGACAUCGUCGACAUGAUCCGGCAGUGCCCGCCCUGGUGCAGCCGCCUGGUGCCCUACUUCAGGACCUGCUGGGUCAUCGUCACCCCGGCGACGUUGCUGUUCAUCCUCUUCUACACCUUCCUGGACCUCUCGAGCACCAGGCUGCAGUACGGAGCCUACCGGUUCCCGCCCUGGGGCCAGGCGCUGGGCGUCUGCAUGGGGCUGCUGAGCUGCAUUCAGAUUCCGCUCUGGGCCGGCAUCGCCCUAUUCAAGGAGUCCGGGACGCUGGCUGCCCGCUUCAGGAAAGCCAUCCGUCCCCUGAGUUCCUGGCGUUCGGCCAGCAGCCGGGAGCUGCCCCCCCAGGUCAUCGACGUUCCCUACACCGUCAACUUGACAGACAGCGACUUCACGGGAGGCUGGCAGCUGCCGGAUAGCAGCGAGGCCUGAUGCUGCGGACAACGCAGGAGGAGGCACCUGUGCCAGUCCCCUUACGGCUUGGACCCCACCGGCCACUUCUUUGCGGUCAAAGGCCGGCUGCAGGAGAGACGCUGCUGGGGCCCCCACGCCCUCCGCCCCCAAGCAGCCCAGGGGCCGCCACCGCUCCAUUCCCCACUCAGACCGCGACUCCUGGCUCCAGAGGCCUUUCUCCCAAAUCAGAGGCCGGUCUCCCCUGGCGCU